AUGGAGAGGGACCGUCGAAGGGUGCGGCAGCUGCUCUCCGCCUCCUGGGUGGUUGGGGUCUUCUGCUUCUUCUUGCCGCUGUUCAUCUUUGCAUGCAUGGCGGUGGACGACGGUUGGGAGGGGAUGACGGCAGCGGACGUGAAGGCCUACGCGUCCUCGUCGGCGACCCAGUCCUACGGGACCGUCUGGAACCUCGAGCUCUCCCCCAGUCUCAUCCUCAAGCUGUUUCCGGACGUGCUCAUCUACUGGAGCUUCGCCUACUUGGUGGCGGCGGUAGCGUUGGUGGCGCGUAGGUGGCGACGGGUGAGGCAACGUUAA